AUGAAGGUUCUGGCAAAAGAUCUGUGCAAGCCGGAAGUCGUUGCGGCGAUCGCGAAAAUCGGGUUCUUUGAAAUAGAGGAUAGGCGGAACGUAACUACAGAGAUGUGGGAAAAAUUCAGAGACAUGACCCGUAAUGUGCACCACACCCAGCCUGUGGAUCCAGAAGACCUUGAAGCGAAACUUCGAAACUGCCCCCCUAGAUUGAGCGAACCUCCAACCCCUCCCCCUGAUUGCUCCCGUAGCUUGAGCCAAACUCCAAUCGAAGACCCUGUGGAAAUGUUGGAGCGGUUUAAACUCGAAGCCAAGCAAGCGUACGAUACCCUGAUACAGAUGGGUGGGAGACCGACUCGUCCGAUCCGAUCAACACCGCCCUGGACGAAAGUCCCUGUCGGUGGAGAAAUUUGGUACCGAUAUGCUGAACAAUACGAGGAGCUUUUUUACGACAGCUGGUAUGGCUAUAAACCAGGUCCCAAUAAUUCUUUGACGGAGGCCGAUUUUAUUCGGGGGCACUGGAGACAAGAAAGAGGUCGAUGCAAUGAAGAACUACGACGGUGGCAGGAUUUUCUCGAUACUCAGCAACGGAGACGUGAGCAUCAUCCGGAAUUUGCAAGAGAGGAGGACAUGGAACGGCAGCGGUACCCGCAAGAUCCAGAGCUCACAGCAAGCCUGAAGAAGUUGAAGGACUGGAAGGAAUAUCAAGGCUAUUUUCAAAGGUGGAUCGACCGGUUGAAGAGGGGAAUGGAAGGGGCCCGACGAGCGGUGGAAGCAGUACAGCGGAAAGAUCCUGAAGUGUAUGUGAACAAGCGUGGGAGAGACGACAAAAGGGAAUGGCUGAGAACAAUAGAAAGACAGCGGGAAAAGCUCCCAGCGGAGGAGAAACGGUUGGAAUGGGUCAAGAAGCAGCUUCCAGCGGUUCUUUCGGAAUGCGCUGCGUCAUUGAUGGAAUUACCGACAUCUCGUCGUCAGAUGGAGGAGAAGAGCGAGCUGGGAGCGAAACAAGUCUACAACACCCUGAUGGAUACGGGUGGGAGGCCAAGCCGUCCGAUCCGGCCGGUGCCUGACGUCUAUGAUGCCGAACACACGGAUGAAGAUCUUCACGCCCUUUGCCACUGGGAGGAGAGCCCGACCCAAGUGGAUCUCUGGAAAGACUAUCGGGCCUACCUACAUCUGGAGGUCGAUAAUGCUAAGCAGUGGGUGGAAUUCUGGCGGCGGCAGGUGGUAGAAUUCCAGGAUACAGAGAAUCAUUGCGCACUACAAGGGUGGUCAGAUACAGCCGAACGAUACCAUUCCGAGGCUGAGGACGCGCGAUCUUACGCCGAAGAAGCGCGAAAGCAAGUCGGGCCUCCAGAGAUGCGGUUGAAAUGGGCAGAACAACAGCUUUCAGCCUGUCUCGCCGAAUGCGCCGUCUCGACGACGGAAGUAUCUACAUCAAACCCUCUCGAGGAUCAAGCCAUGCCACCGAAAAGAGCAUCGAAGUCAGGUCAAACCACGCUCAAGGAUCUUAGAUCUAACCGAUCUGAUAAAUCGGCCCUGCGAAAUAAUCACGACAACAAGAAAAAUCGUCCUUCAGCAAAUUCUGCGCUUGGUCCAAUCCAUUCAUCAAAAGUAUCAAAAGCCGCUGGAAGGAAGACACCCGGCCCCCGACGACCGUCAAAGAUCCCUGCAGAGCGUGACGAUGGUCAAAACCAAGGCCUUAACAUAACGAUAUCACCAUCCCCGCCUGCCAAUGUUGCUCCGCGCAGAAGCCGCCGGUUAUCUACCAACCAAAAGAGGUCCGGUGCAUUGGAAGCGGAUUUAGCUGCCGAUCUGGGGAGAAAUGCACAACCCCAACCUACCGAGGUCAUGCUGCGCAGAAGCGAUCGGAUAUCGAAACAGAAAGAGAGGAUGAGCACAUCAACUUCUAGUGCGGCGUUGAGCUCAGUCGUGAUCUUGCAAACAGCUCCGUUCCCACGGUCCAAAUCUAAAGGUCGCGUUGCAGGCACCAAACCAGACAGGAGCUGGGGGAAACCGCGUGGAAUAUCCAAGACGCAAGGAAGGGAUCUUUCACGGAAGAGGGCUGAGAUCCAUACUUAA